AUGGCUUCUGGACAAAAAAAUGAUCUCUCCUGUCCCGUCUGUCAAGACAUCUUUAAAGAUCCUGUUAUCCUGACAUGCCGCCACAGCUUCUGUAAAGUCUGUCUGCAGAGAUGGUGGAGAGAGAAACAAGAACAGGAGUGUCCAGUGUGUAAGGCUGUAUCUAGAAGUAAGAACCUGCCUCGUAACUUGGUGUUAAAGAACCAGUGUGAGGCCUUCUUACUGGAGAGAGAUCAGAGAUCUUCGGCAGGGUCUGAGGGUCUCUGCAGUCUGCACUCUGAGAAACUCAAACUUUUCUGUCUGGACCAUCAGCAGCCAGUCUGUGUUGUCUGCAGAGAUUCAGAAACACACAACAACCACAGAUUCAGACCCAUCAAUGAAGCUGCAAAGGAUCACAAAGAGAAGCUUCAGAAAUCCCUGAAGCCCUUACAGGACAAACUGAAAGUCUUUGAAAAAGUUAAAGGAAACUGUGAUCAAACAGCAAAACACAUUAAGGUCCAGGCCAAUGACACAGAGAGGCAGAUUAAGGAGCAGUUCAAGAAGCUUCACCAGUUUCUACAAGAGGAAGAGGAGGCCAGGAUCUCUGCUCUGAGUGAGGAAGAGCAGCAGAAGAGUCAGAUGAUGAAGGGGAAGAUUGAAGGUCUGAGCAGAGAGAUGGCAGCUCUUUCAGACACAAUCAAAGUCACAGAGGAGGAGCUGGGAGCUGAAGACGUAUCAUUCCUUAUGAACUACAAAGCUGCAAUGAAAAGAGUCCAGCAGCGCCCCCUGUUGGUUGAUCCAGAGCUGGUCUCAGGAGCUCUGAUAGAUGUGGCCGAACACCUGGGCAACCUGGCCUUCAACAUCUGGAACAAGAUGAAGAAGAUGGUCUCCUACACUCCUGUGAUUCUGGAUCCAAACACUGCUCAUCCAGAACUCAUCCUGUCUGAAGAUCUGACCAGUGUGAGACAUGGAGAGAAACAGAAUCUUCCUGACAAUCAAGAGAGGUUUAAAUCUUCUAUCUAUGUCCUGGGCUCUAAGGGCUUUAACUCAGGGACUCACAGCUGGAAUGUUGAGGUUGGAGGCAGUACAGGCUGGUAUGUUGGUGUGGCACCAGAGUCUGUCCAAAGAAAGGGACCUACAGACAUGAAGUCUAGAUCAUGGGCAGUAAAGCUCAGGGAAGGUAAAUAUACAGCACUCUACCCAAUAAAGUACUCCACUGCUAUUUCAGUGAAAAAGAAGCCGCAGAAGAUCCGAGUUAAUUUGGACUGGAAUAAAGGAAAACUGUCAUUCUCUGAUCCUGAUACUAACACAGACAUACACACCUUCAACCACACUUUCACCGAGAGCCUGUUUCCAUACAUUAGCACUUGGAAUAAAUUCCCAGUGAAGAUAUUACCUGUGGUCUUAGACAAAAGUGGUAAUGUUAACAGUGGCAGAGCACAGAUAUCUUGGCCCAGUACAUCUGCAGCUUCAGUGGGCUCCCGUCCUGUUUUCAAAGGUCCAGUGCGACACAGAUAA